AUGUUUCUUGUAGACGCUUGGUCCCCAUUUCAAUUGGCAGCUGUACAACAAGAGAGAAAACCUCCUGAUUCUGAAAAGAAGCUUCCUACAACCAUGGCAACGUCCACUCAAAGAAUUUACAUCCGAAAAGAUCUGAACAGCCCAGCUGCUGCAAUUCCAAACUUCACUAAUCGAAUUUCAGAAAUAGAGGAUGAAGAUCAAAAAUGUGGUGAUAAUCUUCUUGCCAACCUCCAGGAGCGACUGAUCCAUACUGACCAAGGAACUGUGGUCCUGAGUUCUACUCUCACUAACUCACAAAAAGGCAGCAGUCCAGCUCCAAGUCUUAUUUCAGAUCUAAGCACACUUGCUAGUGUAGUUACUACAUUAGCAUCAAUGGGAAAAAAUAGUGGGCAGGAACCAGAUUCUGAUCCUAACAGUUCUGCAGCGACAACCACUCCGACUACCACUAGCAGUAAUGGUCAUUUAUCGUCCCCAAGUGAGAGCACAGAUUCAGUAGUGAAAGCCUUUGAUACAUUAGCUCGAGCAGUCAACCAUCCACAGUCACAAAAACAAGAAACGCAGAGUGAACCUGUUGAUGCGGAUGAGCCAUUAUUGGACAUAGAAGGUAACUUGUUGACCUCCCAAAAUUUCCAGUUCAACCUGAACACACCAUCACCAAUGCCUGCCUAUCUUAAUGUGCAGUACAUCUGUGAAAGUGCAUCACGACUUCUUUUCCUUUCUAUGCACUGGGUGAAGUCAAUACCAGCCUUUCUUCUUCUCAACACAGAUGUGCAAAUGUUGUUGGUGAGAAACUCUUGGUGUGAGAUGUUUGUCCUUGGUCUUGCCCAAUGCUCACACUCAAUGUAUCUGCCUACAAUUCUGGGUGCUAUUCUCAAUCAUCUGCAAUCCCCUAUUGCAUUUGAUAAGAACAACAGUGAUAGAGUAAAACUUGUCACUGAUCAUAUCAUGAAAUUGCAGAGUUAUGUGCAAACAAUGGAAAAUUUGGAAGUUGAUGCUACAGAAUUUGCUUAUCUUAAAGCCCUCAUUUUAUUUUGUCCUGAUAACACGUGCACAGACAGCAAACAAGUAGAGAAAUUUCAAGAGAAGGCCCACACUGAAUUGCGCAGCUAUAUUCAGGAGUUACACCCACAAAACCCUGACAGACUUUGUAAAUUGCUUCUACGUUUGCCUGCCUUACGCUCUGUUAAUCCUAGUAUAAUGGAAGAACUGUUCUUCUCUGGUCUGACUGGGAGUGUACAAAUUGACAGCAUAAUCCCACACAUUCUACGAAUGGAAACCGCUGAAUAUAACUCCCAGAUGGUUGGGCAGUGUGCACCUGAAGUCACUGUGUCUUCAACAGACACAGAAGUAUCUGCCAGUACAAACUCUGUCACUUCACUGCCUGAAUCCCGGGCAUCGUAG